CCUUUCGGAAGAACAGCCGAAACCCUAGCAGAGCUCCAGCGGCAUUUUGUCAUCAAUUUCUCUCAUUUUUUCUGUCGAUUGGUGUUGCGGUGUUGAUCUCCGCCACUCCACUGCCGGUAGGAUUGAGUCGGAGGAGAGACGGAAGCUUGCGGAUCUCCCUUGAGCCGAAGCAGAAGAAGCCUCCGUCUGUGUCUCCGUCUCUGUCUCCGGACCUACAGUAAUCAUGGCGGACGAAACAUUGAAGGAUGUGAAGGAUGAGGUACCAGAGCUUGCACCAUUUGAUCCGACUAAGAAGAAGAAGAAGAAGAAGAACGUCCUGCCAGACCUUGCUGAUGAUUCUGUGGACAAGCUUGCUGAGAAAACAGAGUCUCUUUCAGUCACUGAUGGACUGGAUAGUACUUUUGCUGGUUUGAAGAAGAAGAAAAAGAAACCAGUGGAGGCUAGUGCACUGAAUGAUGAGAAUGAGGAUCCAAGGGAUGAUUUGGAUGAUCAUGCUGGCGAAGACGAAGACACGGAUGGAGCUGUUCCACAACAAAUUUAUCCUUGGGAAGGGAGUGACCGUGACUACAAGUAUGAGGAGGUAUCUGCAUAUUUCAUUAAGCUUCUUGGAAGGGUGUUCAACAUUCUUCGUGAGAACAACCCAGAGCUUGCAGGCGAUAGGCGUAGGACAGUUAUGAGGCCCCCACAGGUACUCCGGGAGGGCACCAAGAAAACUGUCUUCGUAAAUUUCAUGGAUCUUUGCAAGACGAUGCACCGGCAGCCUGACCAUGUCCAGGCUUUCUUGCUGGCAGAGUUGGGAACCAGUGGAUCACUUGAUGGUCAGCAACGUUUGGUGGUUAAAGGGAGGUUUGCUCCAAAGAACUUCGAAGGAAUUCUGCGGCGAUAUAUCAAUGAAUAUGUUAUCUGUCUUGGCUGCAAAAGUCCGGACACUAUACUCUCCAAGGAGAAUCGUCUCUUCUUCCUCAGAUGUGAGAAGUGUGGUUCUGGACGAUCGGUUGCUCCAAUCAAAGCAGGGUUCGUUGCUCGUGUGGGACGUAGGAACGCAGGGACAUGAUGUGUCCCGUUACUCUGCCUACAAUGUUCUGAGUUACAUGAGUCUUCAUGUGUUGGCUCUACUACCUACUCUUUGCUGUCAAAAGUUAUGUUUUGUGGGUACUUUUAGAAGUCCUGGUAUGAGGCUUGAAUGUUUUCCAUGAAUGAUAAUAUUGAACAUCCUUAGUUUUUGACAUUUUACAUGCAGAGAAGAAUGAUAAUGUUUUGAUCAA